GGGCUCCUUCCCGACGGUCCCUCCCGCCCCCAUCCUGGCGGGCGCGUCCCCUCCUCCACCCCGCGGCGGAGCCCUGCGGAGCUGAGGGCGGAGCGUCGCGGCUGAUGGCUGGGAGCCGGGCUGGGAGGUGCUGGGCGAGCAGUGGGCUCCAGACGCGCCGCCGCCUGGCCGGGGGGCUGGCAUGGCCGCGUGCUUGUGAACGCGGAGCGCGCGAGGGGCCGCUGCCACCAUGCCCCGGGGCGUGGGCGCCGUCCGGCUCUGCCUGCUGGCGCUCGCCCUGCAGGCGUGGACCAGAAGAGGGAAUGGGGAAGGCAGCCCCCAGCUACAGCAUGAACGAAUAAUACCUCAGUGGAAGACUGCAGGAAGCCCCACCAAAGAAAAGCAUCCACACAGAGCUGAGCUCAGGAUAAAGGCCGAGGGGCGAGAAUUCAUCUUGGACCUCGAGAAGAAUGAGUACCUUUUUGCUCCAGCCUACACGGAAACCCAUUACACUCCAAGUGGCAGCCCUCAGACCACCAGGCUGAAAUCUGAGGACCACUGCUUUUACCACGGGACAGUGAGGAAUGCCGAGCAGUCCAGCGUGACACUCAGCACGUGCCGGGGAAUGAGGGGACUGAUUGUGGUGAGCAGUAACCUCAGCUACAUCAUCGAGCCCCUGCCUGACAGCAAGGGCCACCACCUUAUUUACAGAUCUGAACAUCUCAAGCUACCCCUGGGGAACUGUGGGGCCGAACAUUCCAAGUCCACCCCGGGGGACUGGGUCCUUCAUUUCACCAACCAGACCAAGAAACGACCUCGCAGGAUGAAAAGGGAAGAUUUACACUCCAUGAAGUAUGUGGAGCUUUACCUCGUGGCUGAUUAUGCAGAGUUUCAGAAGAAUCGACGAGACCAGGACGCCACCAAACACAAGCUGAUGGAGAUCGCCAAUUACGUUGAUAAGUUUUACCGAUCCUUGAACAUCCGGAUUGCGCUCGUGGGCUUGGAAGUCUGGACGCAUGGGAAUAUGUGUGAAGUUUCGGAGAACCCCUACUCCACUCUCUGGUCAUUUCUCAGUUGGAGGCGCAAGCUGCUCACCCAGAAGAACCAUGACAACGCCCAGUUAAUCACGGGCAUGUCUUUCCACGGCACCACCAUUGGGCUGGCCCCCCUCAUGGCCAUGUGCUCCGUGUACCAGUCUGGAGGAGUCAACAUGGACCACUCCGAGAAUGCCAUCGGCGUGGCCGCCACCAUGGCCCACGAGAUGGGCCACAACUUUGGCAUGAGCCACGACUCCGCGGACUGCUGCUCGGCCAGUGCGGCUGACGGCGGGUGCAUCAUGGCGGCUGCCACCGGGCAUCCCUUUCCAAGAGUGUUCAAUGGCUGCAACAGGAAGGAGCUGGACAGGUAUCUGCAGUCAGGCGGUGGGAUGUGUCUCUCCAAUAUGCCAGACACCAGGACGCUGUAUGGAGGCCGGAGGUGUGGGAAUGGGUACCUGGAAGAUGGGGAAGAAUGUGACUGUGGGGAGGAAGAGGAAUGUAAAAACCCAUGCUGCAAUGCCUCGAAUUGCACCCUGAGGGAAGGGGCUGAGUGUGCCCACGGCGCCUGCUGUCACCGGUGUAAGCUGCUGGCGCCUGGGACCCUGUGCCGUGAGCAAGCACGGCAGUGCGACCUCCCAGAAUUCUGCACGGGCAAGUCUCCGCAUUGCCCCACCAACUUCUACCAGAUGGACGGCACCCCCUGUGAGGGCGGCCAGGCCUACUGCUACAAUGGCAUGUGCCUCACCUACCAGGAGCAGUGCCAGCAGCUGUGGGGGCCUGGAGCCCGGCCUGCUCCUGAUCUCUGCUUCGAGAAGGUGAAUGUGGCAGGGGACACCUUUGGAAACUGUGGAAAGGACAUGAAUGGGGAACACAGAAAGUGCAACAUGAGAGAUGCCAAGUGUGGGAAGAUCCAGUGUCAGAGUUCUGAGGCCCGGCCGCUGGAGUCUAACGCAGUGCCCAUCGAUACCACCAUCAUCUUGAACGGGAGGCAGAUCCGGUGCCGGGGCACCCAUGUCUACCGUGCUCCCGAGGAGGAGGGUGACAUGCUGGACCCAGGGCUGGUGAUGACUGGGACCAAGUGUGGCUACAACCAUAUUUGCUUUGAGGGGCAGUGCAGGAACACCUCCUUCUUUGAAACGGAAGGCUGCGGGAAGAAGUGUAAUGGCCACGGGGUCUGCAACAACAAUCAGAACUGCCACUGCUUCCCGGGCUGGGCCCCGCCCUUCUGCAACACGCCCGGCCAGGGGGGCAGCAUCGACAGCGGGCCCAUGCCCCUCGACAGUGUUGGUCCUGUGAUAGCUGGAGUGUUCACGGCCUUGUUCAUGCUGGCGGUCCUUUUGCUGAUCUACUACUGCUGUAAACAGAACAACAAACUGGGCCAACUCAAGCCCUUAGCCCUCCCUUCGAAACUGAGGCAACAGUUCAGUUGUCCCUUCAGGAUGUCUCAGAACAGUGGAACUGGCCACGCCAACCCAACGUUUAAGUUGCAGACGCCCCAGGGCAAGCGAAAGGUGACCAACACCCCCGAGACCCCACGGAAGCCCUCCCAGCCUCCUCCUCGGCCCCCUCCCGACUACCUGCACGGUGGCUCCCCACCUGCGCCAUUGCUGACACCGCUCAGCAGGACCGCCAGGAGCUCUCCGGGGGCUGGGUCUCGAGUAGAGCGGAAGGAGUCAUCCAGGGGUCCUCCUCCAAGCCGGCCUGUUCCCCCGGCCCCAAACUGCAUUCUCUCCCAGGAUUUCUCCAGGCCGCGGCCGCCACAGAAGGCCCUCCCAGCAAACCCAGUGCCCGGCCGCAAGAGCCUCCCUCGACCAGGCGGUGCCUCCAUCCUACAGCCCACUGCCACUACCCCUCUUCAGCCCCGGCCUCUGGGAGCACCUGUCCCAAAGUUUCCUGAAUACAGAUCGCAGAGGGCUGGGGGGAUGAUCGGCUCAAAGACCUAGACCCCUCUGAAGGAGCUUCUGCCUUUCCUUGAGGACUCUGAAACCCCCCCAGAGGAUCCUGGCCAUGGAGUCUGGAACAAGCAUGUCUGGCCGCCUCCAAGUCCUUCCUCCUCUCUUUCCCUCCUCCCAGAACCACUGCAUCUCCGGAAAUCUCCUUCUUGACUCGGUGCCUCCUUGGCUUCCUGGGAGGCCCAGAGAGACUACUAUCCGAUGGCAUCAAAGCGUUGUUUUGUGCAAUAUACUGCCCUGGGGAAGGGAGGAGAGAGCACAGAAGAGGAUAAAUGGUGGCUUCUUCUCCAACCUCCCUCCUGCUGGCCCGUCACCUCAGAGGUGCCAGUGGGGAUGGUCUGGGCUGUCGGAGCUGGUAAGCCCAGCUGGGAAAGGUCCUGUUCAGCCCUUCGGCCCAGGGCUUGGGUUGGAGAAGCCAUCCAUCCACGUCCUAUGUCUCAGAGCUUUCCACGGCUUCUGUCUUCCUUGAAAGUCCCAAGCUAGACAGAGGCCAGAUGCUUACUCAUCCCUUUUAGCUCUGAGAUUGAGAGAGGUCAAACCAGCUUCCACCGCGGCCCUGCCCAGGGCUUGGCUGAGGUCACCACUCCUGGGUCUGUGCCACAUGUGACCAAGAGAAGUUCCCUCUCCUCCCCCUCUCCCCGAAAGCCCCACCUCCCCUUACUUACACGGGUCCCCCUGACUCUGACAGGUACUACUUGUGGGCAGUGUAGACAGCAGAGGGAGCACCAGGCUUGGACCUCCUCUGAGCCAACGCCAAAGGUUGUGGCUCUCAACUCGGAAUCAUUCUUGGUUGCCUUUUCUUUUCUUCUCUUUCCAAGUGCUCGGCACUUUUGAUUUCUCCUUCAGAGAUUUCUUCCCCGCCCUGACCUACCUGAUGUGUGGUGAGUGGGCGUUCAGCACUUCAGCCUCUUGGAGACCUGGUGCUCGCGACCUACAAGCGAGGAGCCUGCUUCAAGAGUUGGCCACUGGAUUUGCCAUGUGGUUCUAAGAGUGUCUCAAGAGCGUCGAAGCUUUAUUUGCCGUUGUGUUUUGUGGCCUCGGCAGGGUGAAGGUCUUACCUUCUACUCCCUGAUGGAAAUCGAAGGUAGGUCCUCAGGGAUGGAUGGCAGCAAAGGGGCCAUGCCCCAGCCUGUCCCUAGGCCUGGUCAUUUAUUUGAGGCUUGAUCAUUGCCCUCUGAGCAGAGAGCUGACCUGUCUCUAGAGAUCUGUAGAGAAGCAGCCAACUGUCUUGAUGGAACAGAAUCGGAGCUGGGAACACCAGGAUUUUUAUCAUCCACUUCCUUGUGUUCUUUCCUCUGGUCACUGCCCUUAUCUGACCUUUACAGGAAGAACUUGGAGCAGCUGUGGAAAUGGCACUCCAAUGGGUACUACCCGCCCCCCACCAACCGCCCCCAGCCCCGGCGCAGGGAAGGAAGGCUAUGUGGUGCUCUGCUAAAGUGGACGACUCGUCACUGGAGAUGUUCUCUGGUGACGGUUUCCCACCCCCAGAAGGGUGCUGUGCUGUCCCCACCUCCUGCAGUGAGCCGUUGUUCACUCUUGAAAACCUCAAUGCAAGGAAGAAGCUUGAGCUUUCACUCCCAACCACCAACCCAGGGCCCCCUUACAGUUCUCUGCAUACAACAGGUGCUCAAUAGAUGUUCUCGGGUUUUAGACUAGUGGGAGAUUUGGCAUACGCACCUGGGAACACACAUGGGGUGGAUUUAGAAAGAUCUCAGGAAAAUGAGGUUCUUUUCCCUCAGGUAGACUGUUACUCAUGCCUCUGUCUCCCAGACUUGGGCCCUGGUUGAUCCCCAGAGCUAGUUUCCACCUUCCUUGCUGCCUGAUUAGGUCAGGGGACAGCCUUCUGUGUAAUUGUGUAACUUCAAACGCCCCAGGCCUCAGGGUUGGGGCCCUCAAAAGUAAAGGUGAAAACACCUUGGCAAAAAAAAAAAAAUCAGACUUCUACCCACCUGCAUGCCUCCCAGACGUUCCUGUGGUAUGUCCAGCUUUUCUCCCAGACACGAGGAGGUCGAAGGCUCUGAAGUGAAAAUGCCACAGCCACUGUGGCUGCAUGAGCCUUUCGAACCUGAAAUCCACCCUCCCUGCAUCCAUACCGGAAAGAGCCCUGGGUUGUAUGUUAUUGUUUUUCUGUUUUUGUCUUCUGUUAUUUUAAUACCACCUCCACCCGUAAAACUGUACUGUGAACUGGAAGAAGGUUGAAUUUUUAAAAUUUGAUGAAGACUUUUGGCAGCGGGCUCUAAUUACAGUUUCACUUCUGGCUGUGUUCAGGGACUAGGAGUCGCCAUUUUGGCGGAGGCUGGGGAGGCUGCCCGGAGCAAGAGCGGCCCUUGCGAGGUCCUUUUGCCCUCCUGUGCCCGAGUGCUGCUUUGAGGUGACAAAUGAAAGCAAAUACAGCCUUAAGAGGGGCUUUAUUGGAAAGGCUUACUGCAAGGAGGGGAAAGGGAACUUGUGAUCCGGGCAUGGGCUCUAGCAGUAGGGAGACUGCUCAAGGGAGUUCCUGCAAGAUCCCACGAGCAUCUCAAAGCUCAGAAUGAAGGGGCCUUUUCUCUGAUCGCUGGAGUAGACUUGGCCAGAGAGAACCUCAGUGGGGCCGUCCUUGUCAAGCUCAGCCUCCCCGGGAAGGGGCUGCUGUGUGUUUGGUGCUGGCUCAGACCUGAGUGUGGGUCCAAGUUCAUGUGGGGAGAAGAGGAGCCCAACUAAAGUCUGGUGGAGUCUGCCCUUUGUUCAGAUGGAGCUGGAUAGAAAUCUUUUUAAACACUAACUUAGCCUGCCAGUUUUACAAUGGAAAUGUUUUCCUUAAGAACUGGGGAGCCGUCUCUGAGAUGUAAACCUCAAGGGGCUAGCACUCCUGCUCCCUGUCUCUGGGGGAUUUUAUCCCAUGUGCCUGGCUCCAAGUUGUAACUACCUACUUGCCAUUCAUUCUUUUUAGCCUCGUUGACUUUUCCCUAAAAGGCCCUUUUCUGCCCCAGCUCUGAGAUGCUUGCAGAUCUUACAGGAUUGGGGGAGCCCCUUCUCCCCACUGCAGUAGCCCCUUGCUGUCUCUUGCAAUAGUCCUUUUGAAUAAAACCUCCCCUCGCCUAUGUCCAAAUUUGUUCUUAUUUGGCAAAGGGUAUGGAAGACUUGCAUAUUUCACACUGGGGACCAGUUCUAAAGUCAUGAUUGUGUUAAAUAUGUGUAUAACAGCUCUGCUGGGCACCCAAGGGAAUGCCAACUGGAAAGGUGCCCCAUCCCUAGGGAAGCUUGCUAAGAGGGGUUCUGUAGAAUCCAAGCCAGUGUCCCCAAAGCCACCCUUCUGUGCAGCCUCUCACACCAUCCACUGUGUGUACGUAUGUGUCUGGGAUCUAGGGCAAUGUGAAUUUUCUUUUUAUUUGGAGAUCGUUCACGAAAAACAGAUCCUUUUCUCUCUUGUCCGCCUAUUAAUUGUUUACAAUAUUUGUACAUCUAUGCAAAAUACUUGAAUGGGCCAUGGUGCCUUUUUUCCUUGUUUGUAUUUAAUUAAAGUAAAUUGUCAUUUGAAAUGC